AUGCGGCUGCUGGCGCUGGCGGCGGCCGCCUUGCUGGCGCGGGCUCCGGCCCCGGACGUCUGCGGGGCCCUUAACGUGACCGUGUCCCCCGGGCCCGUGGCGGACUACCGGGAGGGCGAGAACGCCACCCUGGUCUGCCGCGUCUCCCAGAAGAGGUGGGCGAACAGCCUGCUGGCCGUGCGCUGGUUCUUCGGGCGCCCCAGCGCCAAGGCGACCCUGAUGGUGAGGAGGAGCAAGCACGGGGCGGUGAAGUUCUACGGCAGGUUCCACAACAGCUCCUUCCAGCAGCGGCUGCGCCUGCGGGAGCAACGGCAGGGCCGGCUCCACAACUACACGCUCUCCCUUCUGAGCCUCCGGCCGGCCGAUCAAGGCCAUUACGUCUGCAAAGUGCAGGAGAUCACCCAGCAGAGGAGCAGGUGGACCGUCCUGUCCAACAGCUCCUCGGAGACGGAGCUGAGAGUGAUUCCCCUCAAAGCUGCUGAAGAUGCAUCCUUUGAGAAGACGGGGACGUGGGCAUUUUUUGCAGAUCUGUACGUGUGCGCCGUGCUGCUGUGCUGCGUGGGCAUCCUCAGCGUGCUGCUCUUCACCCUGGCCAUCGCCUGGCAGUCUGUGCUCAGCAAGAGGAAACCCAGAGUGAGAAAAUAUUUGGUGAAAUGCCCUCAGAACAGCUCAGGGGAGACUGUCACCAGCGUGACCAGCCUGGCCCCCUUGCAGCCCAAGAAGGGCAAGCGGCGGAAGGAGAAGGCUGACGUUCCCCCCGAAGUCCCCGCCAAAGCGCCCACUGCCGCCACGCCCCACAAGCUGAAGCUGCUGAAGCCACAAAGGAGAGACGCCUUGCCGCGGAUCGCCGAGGAGAACCUGACCUACGCCGAGCUGGAGCUGACCAAGCCCCCGCGGGCGGCCAAGGGUGCUCCCACCAGCACUGUCUACGCCCAGAUCCUCUUCCAGGAGAACUCGCUGUAG